CUGUUACUCUUCUCUGUCAGAAAGGAACCGCUAGGGUUUCCAUAAACUGAAAAGAAUACUGAAAUAUGAAGUUCGCAGUGAAAGCAUGGAGCAACGGAAGAGCACGGGCAGGGGUCCUCCAACUGAGCAGCUGCCCGAACCCAAUAGAGACACCUGCCCUUCUUCUCACCACAAGAAAGGGUCUGCCCGUAUUCAUUGCUCCUAAUCUCCUUCAGUUCCUCUCUUCUCCUGAUUCUCAUCUCCUCCAAACAAGCCCUCUCCAUUUCUUAGAGUGCCCUUCAUCAAAAACAAUUUCAAAUAUUGGGGGAUUGCACCAGAUGGUAAGAUUGACUGAGUAUGGCUUUGUAGCUGCCCCUAGGGAUUCUAUUUUAUGCCUACCAGACUGUGAUGGAACUAACAAAAUUGGAGCUUCUUUUGAGACACCUUGUGGUCGCCGAUUGAUAAAGCCAAAAGAAUACAUGGAACUGAUUUCUUCGCUGGAACCAAAUAUAUGGGCUAGUUUGGCAGAUGAGGUGCCUGCAUGGGUUUCUGAAAAGAGGAACAAGACUUCGGUGGAUAGAACUGUACGUUGGCUUGAUGACUGUAUUGCCUUAAACCUGACAAAUCGAGGAGCAAUUUUUGGGGCUAUUGUUGGAGGUUCCAGUGUAGAAGAACGUCGUUGUUGUGCUCAAGAAGUAGUGAGGCGAAAUGUAUCAGGUUUCUGGAUUGGUGGUUUUGGGCUUGGAGAGAGUAUGGAUGAACGCUCUGCUCUCCUUAAUGCUGUUACUGAUGUCUUACCUGAUGAAAGGCCACGCCAAGUUUGUGGGCUUGGACUUCCAGAGGAGAUCUUGCAGGGAGUUGCUGCGGGGAUUGAUCUCUUUGACUCGACGUACAUUUACCAUCUUACACUUGGAGGAUUUGCACUCACCUUUCAUCUGGAUGGAACUGACAGUCAUGUUUCUGGUUCACAGUUCAGUGAUAUAGGCAGUGACCACACAAAGAUAAAUCUACGAGCAACAAUUUACAGGAAAGAUACAUCUCCAAUUGUUGAAGGUUGUAGCUGCUACACAUGUCAGAAUCACACCAAAGCCUAUGUCAACCACCUGCUGAAUGUUCAUGAAAUGCUGGCUCAGAUUCUUCUAGAAAUACAUAACACUCAUCAUUAUCUGGGAUUCUUCCGGUUGAUAAGGGACGCAAUCAAGGAGGGUGAGUUUGAUCUAUUCCGGCAAAGGUUUAUAGAGAGUAGGCGAGACCAUCUAGUGGUAGCUUCUGUAUUCUCGUGAUCAAAGCUGUUCUUCACAUAAGCGUUCGAGAUGGCGUCUUGUGUUUGCAAAAUGCAGAGGAGCAUGGAUGUGGUGCAAUCAAACUGUCUGCAGUUAA